AUGGUUCCUGACAAGAGCCGAGUGGCUCUGCUCGAGCUUUGCACCAAGGCAACUCUCAUGGGCAACAACAUCUCAGUUCGAAUGCUCGAGUUCCUCAGCUCGGUCAAGCAUCAGCCCCAUGGGUUCAAAAACCUGGCCCAGGACUUCCUCGAUAUCUGCCGCAUCCUGUGGGCCAUCGAGGCCGGCCUAUCGGAAUGCUUUCGCGCCGGCCAGCACUUCCCCGACGAUAUGGUCAAGGAACUCAACGGCAAAUUCCGGCAGACCAACGCAGACUUCCAGGUGCUUGACCACAUGAUGGUCGAGUUCCUCGAGUACGAGAACGGCGGCGUGGGCGGGAAGCUGCGAAAGGGGUGGCGGAUGAUGUUUGCCGAGAAGUCCAUCGCCAAGAUACGGGACUCCCUGGGCAAGUCACGCGACUCUCUGCGCAUGAGUGCCCUCGUGUUCCAGUGGUCCCUGGGCAACGCCUCGCCAGAUGGGUCAAUUGGCAGCGGCUACAGCGAACUGGCGGCCGCCCUUGACCGCAUGGCCAAAGGCCGCCCUGCCGGGCGCACGCCCAAGAACAACGACUAUGAAGCCACCAUGUCGGGACCCGCGCCAAAAUUGGGUCCCAGACUCCAGAGCGAUCUGCCAAAGCUGCCGGCGCUCCCGCCCACCAUGGCGCCCCUGUCGCAGUCGGACGACAUGGCCCUGAUAAUGAGAGACGACAUCGAGCGCCCGGUGCUCAACCGCAGGGACUCGAUGAGGAGUAGGGACAAGGAUGAGACAAGGAGUACCAGGAGCGGUAGGAGCGGCGUCGGUCUUAGGGUCGGCACUGAGAACCGCAGCCUAUACAGCGACGAUCACGACCGAGACCGCGCCGCCCUGGCCCACCGGCGAUUCGAUAGGCGAGACGACCGGGAGGAGAUUCCUGGCAUGCUGUCUGUUACGACCAAGCUGUCAACCGCAUUGUACAACAACUCAGCGCGUCGUGCUUCUACGUCGAGGACGGUGUCUGACAGCGGCAUGAUGGCCGCCCCGGGCCCUCAAAUACGCUCAAUGACGGAAAGUGCCAACAUAAACAGCCGCAUAUCAGCGAGGGAGGUCACCAGCCCCUCAACCGCCAGCCAAGUCAGCCGUGGCAGGCUCGUGGGGCAGGAAGAAAACACGUCACCGGGUCUGACCGACUCGGAGACUCUGCUCGACGACAUGGACAGCCUGGAGCUGAGCUUCAGCGGGCCUGUCAAGGCUAUCCGCCUUCAGGCCGACCCGCUACAGAUGCCUCGCUGGAGCCCACGCAACAAGGCCCCGACAGGCGGAAACGCCUCCAGUCUUCGGAUGGCGCUGAUCUCAGCCGUGCAGGGCCAGAAGCACAAGAUGGUGGAGCAGCUGCUAGACCGUGGCGUCUCGCCCGAGACGAGCCCCGACACGCACGUGCUGCGCGAGGCCGUGCUCAACAACGACCCGGAAAGCAUGCGCCUGCUGCUGCGCUUCAGCGCCGAUCCCAACUCACCCGACAAGGACGGCGUCACGCCCCUCUUCAGCGCCGUCGAGUCGGGCUACAUCACGGGCGCCAACCUGCUCCUCAAGUACGGCGCCGACCCCAACCUCUGCGCCGGCCCGGAGCCCGAGUCGCCGCUGGCGCUGGCCGUGGUGGACGGCAAGUUCGAGCUGGUGCAGUUGCUGCUCAUGUACGGCGGCGACGCCAACCACUCGCUCAGCUGCGGCAACACGACGCUGAUCGCGUCCAUCGGCAAGACCACGCCCAAGCGCAUCGUUGCGCUCCUGCUCGAGUACGGGGCCGACCCCGACGCCAAGAACUCGGAGGGUAAGACGGCCCUGUUCGAGGCCAUCAACGCCGGACGCGUCGACGUGGUCCAGAUGCUGCUGGACCACGGCGCCAACCCCAACCUUCCAGGCCCCAAGCACAUGCUCUGGCCGGCCACCAUGCAGCCGGCGUGCCUCAAGCUGCUGCUGGCCCGCGGCGCCGACACGCGCAAGGCGCCCGGCAUUCUGGAGCUGGCCACGUCGACCAACAGCCCCGAGUCGGUGCGCAUCCUGAUCGAGGCGGGCGUCGACGUCAACGCCAAGAAGGACGGCGUCUACACGCCGCUCUGCACCUCUAUCCGCGACAACCGCGCGGACCUGUUCAACAUGAUCCUGGCGGCGGGCGCGGACCCCAACGUGCCGUCGGCCGAGUACCCAUGCUUCAAGUGCAUCACGCACUUCCGCACGCAGUACCUCCCGCAGCUGAUCGAGGCCGGGGCCAACAUCUCGUCGCCCCCCGGCAUCUGCGAGAUGGCGGUCAAGAUGAAUAACAUCGAGGGCCUCCGCUGGCUCCUGGACCACGGCGGCGCCGACCCCAACGACAAGAACGAGCAGGGCCAGACGGCGCUGACGACGGCGAUCCGCGAGGGCCGCGUCGAGAUGGCGCAGGUCCUACUGGCCGGCGGCGCCGACGCGACGGUGCGCGGCGAGGGGUGGCCCGUAUGCAUGGCGGUCAAGCAGCCCGAUAUCCUGCGCCACCUGCUCCCGACCCUGCCGGACCCGCGCGCCUUCCGCGGCGUCAUGGAGAUGGCCGUCGUCGCCAACCAGCUCCCCAGCGUCAAGCUGCUGCUGGCCGCGGGCGUGUCGGUCGAGGACCGCAACGGCGGCGUCUUCUCGCCCCUGACCACGGCCAUCCGGGAGGAGAACAAGCAGAUUGUGCUGUUCCUGCUCGACGAGGGCGGCGCCAACGUCAACGCGCCCGGCGAGCACCUCCCCAUCGUAAAGGCCAUCCGCCGCUGCGUCGCCACGGGCUCGCACGACAUCAUCAAGUUGCUGCUCGAGCGCGGCGCCGACAUUAACCACAUGUACCGCGGCUGGAACGGCGUCCUGCAGGCCGUCGAGAACGGAGACCCCGUCGUGCUCCGCCUACUCAUCGACCACGCCGGCCCCCGCGCCGUCGACCUCGAGGCUCGCGACGACGACGGCCGCAGCGCCAUCGACGUGGCCCUCGGACGUGGCUUCAAGGAGGCUGUCGACAUUCUGCGUGCGGCCGCCAAGGCUACGUGAUUUCGUUGCUGCUGGAUUGCAGCUUCUUUCCCGACCCUAGCCCCUUUUUCACUCCCAUUAUCUUCGUAUUUGAUGUUUUUUUACUCCCAUUUCUUUUUUUUUUUUUUUUUUUCCUUGGCUUUUUUACGUAAUACUUCAAAUCGCAGAUUCUCAUGCGUCUCUUCCAUUUGUCUUCGGAUUUUUUUUUCCUUUUGGGGCGCGGAAUCACCACUUAAUAUUUGGUUUUCUGGCGCAUCGCGGGCGGCAACAUGGUAUUUGUCGUUGUUCCCGCCAUCAACCUCUCGACUUUACAAUCCUCUAUGUCGUUGUCCGUUAUUCGCUUUCCUUUGUAUGCCUUUUGUACCUCAAAAUACUACCCAUGUGCGAUCAAUAGCAGAAACGAAAACCACCAUGGCUCCUUCUAUCGAAGCCCCCUGGGCGUGAAGUCACACCCCCACUACCCAGGACUAGGAUGGCACCACAUUAAGGCUGAAGCUUAUACCAGGAUCAAUUUUGCUUUUAUUCGAUCCCACACUCCCCGAGCGGGAUCCAUGUUAGCGGGUGAACGGCUUACCCGAUCCGGCUCUCCGACUGGCCGCAGAGAAAGUAUCGAGCCGACAAACAAACACAUUUCCCUGUCUUUCAAAAUAGCGCAAAC